CCGAACGCGGGAUCCUCAAAAAGCGCAAGAGGUCUUCUAGGGUUUUUCCGUUCCGUCUGGUCGCAUUUCGCAACGGUACAAAAGCGAAUCCGAAAGGAGAGCCAAGCGAGCCUUGCUUCAAGAACCGAUCGUACUAGUGCCACGUCGUCUUCUACGGAAUUAAGUAUUAGUCGUGGGACAAGCAAACACGUUAUCAAUGACAGUGGCAGGGAACAGGUAAAGCGCGCGAGGACCAGUAGCACUUUGAUCGAUCAACGCGGAAAGUGGUCCUCGUCGACUACCAGAGGGAUCGAGCAGGACGUCAGACAGGGUUCAAGCCUUGAACCAAGCCUGCAACAGGCGGAAAAGUUCACGACCACGCGGCACGUAGCUGCUUGGUCUAUUUUUGGAAACGCUAGUGCCAUUGGUCAUUCGUCAGAGGAAGAAACCGGUGAGCUCGUGCUGCAGCAUAGAGAUAGAAAUAGACGACCGGACUCGAGACCAACGCUCAACAAAUACGAGACCAGCAUACCUGGGAGUUGUACAAGACCUUGCCAGGAAAAUCACUACGGUUCCGAUUGUUAUCGUGGCGGUUCCAGUGCCACUUUUCGCGGAUCUUCGGUAUUCAAGGCUGGGUCGAGCGGUAGCAGUAACUCAGUUGGCGGCGCCAGUACGAGCACAACUGGAUCGAGCGCGUCCACAUCUCACUGCCAAGCCUUCGGUUACAGUGUACGUGCCUCACCAUCCGGCAUCGGUGGAGCUAAAGCAGGUGCGAGAGAAAGCGUCUCAGUCUCGGGUCGUCAAGCCGCCUCAGCAGCUGGUAGCUCUUCUCACAAUCCAACAACGAGCAAGGGAAAGAGCGGUUUUGCCUACCAAAGUACCCUCUCGUGGUCGCAAGCACAGCAGCGCGAGCGAGAGGCCACCCACUUUGGGUCCGACUGCUACAACUCCACACGAAAACGAAAAUCAAGCUGUGCGACUGUUACGCGUCGGUCUGUGCAGGGCAAGUCGACCUCUAACGCGGGCAGCAGCUUAA